GUACGCGGCUCACGUUCUUUUCUUCUUCUUCAAACCAAACUGUCAAACAUCAAUGUCAAAACAUAAAUUCAGAACGUUCUGAACGCCGUGUUUAUAUUUUGAAGGUUUUGCAACAGAUUCUUCUCGAAAAUGUUGGGGUGCAUUGUAUCUGGACGCUUAGUCCAAACUGAUUUUCAACAAGUUGGAGAAACACAAUUUCUCAUCAACAUCCCCGAGGCUGACAAUAUCAAUCACAUCGUCAUAUUUCUGACUGGUGAAACCCCAUUGCCGAUCGGAUUGGCUGGAUCCGUCUACUUCAGUUGGCCCGACCCAGCAGCACCACCAAAUUGGCAACUGCUCGGUUACAUUUCGAAUUCGAAGCCAUCGGCCAUAUUCAAGAUUUCACAAUUGAAAAAAUUGGACGAAAUUGGUAGCAGUGCAUCUAGUCAACUAAGUAUUUUCGGUAGCCAGCCAAUAUCACACAUUGCACAAGUGGGAGUGUCAAUCGAACCCGAACAAAAUGUUAUUCAACAGACUCCAUCAACGACAAACACAACAACGUAUCUGCAGUUCGGUCGCAAAAUGUUGGAAAAUUUUUUCAACUUUUCGUCCAGCUUUGCGCUGACACAGUCACAAAUGGUACCAAAUCCAAACGAAACAUUCGUUCCACUUUCCACAUUACAGACUUGGUAUACGAAUUUUGAGCGGCGCUUGCAACAGAAUCCCAAUUUCUGGAAAUCAUAAACGGAAUUUGGUUACGACUUAUCAUCGAAUUGAAAUAAUGUGGACUCUGUCAUAGGAUCUUGUUGAAGAAUUGGCUGGAAAAUAAAAUUUGUAUUAAGCAA